AUGUCUGCGGGCUACGCGCGCUGCCAGAGGCCCGAGGACAAGGAAGUGUUUGCGGCUGAGGGCCAGGUCCGCCCCCUGAUCCGGGACUCGUACGCCUGCGACGGCACCAAUCAAGCCAGCCUUCCCUCCGUGGACCACGUCGACGGCCUGCCAUGCGAGGGCGGCGUCUGCCUGCUGCUCAACAGCGGCGCGUUUGGCAUGCUGAGGGUGGAAGACGCGGAGCGCCUGCAGGCCCUCCCGGAGGGCCACACGCGGCCCUGCUACCCGAUCCAGUCCCCGGGUGUCGGCCAGCACCGCGCGACGGUCAGCCGCGACCAGGAGGCGCAGGCGCUGGAGAGGCGGCGCCUCGCUCUGAUUGCCGCCGCCACGAACGUCAGGGUGGCGCGGUGGCUGGGGGAGCGCCUGGCGCGGCCGUGCGGCGCCAAGUACCUGCAGAGCGCGCGCGACGUCCCGCUGCCCACUGAGAUGCAGUCGCCCUCACUGGACGACGGGCAGCUUCUCGAGGCGUGGCAGCUGCGGGACGACGCCCUGCACGGGCGCGGCGCCGCGUCUGGCGAGGGGCUCUUGGUGCACCAGGCGCGCCAGCGCCGCCGGCAGCAGCGCCAGCAGCAGACCCACCAGCGUCAGCAGAAGCAGAAGCGCCUGCACCGCAAGCGCCAGCGGCAGGACGGGGCCGGUGGCGUGGCGGCGGCGCCGACGCACGAGGACGCGGUGCCCGAAAACGACGAUGAUGGCGGUGACGAAAAUGGCGAGGCCGGAGUUGAGCAGGACGAGGAUACUUGCGACGCGGUGCUGGCCGCCAGGAGCGCGGCGAUAAGCUCGUUCGAGGAGGGCAGCCAGACCUGGCCGCAGGCCGCAUGGUACCUGGCUGGGCAGGGCCGCUUCUGCGCCGGCGACUUGUCAGAGUCUCCUGUCAAGGAGUCCUUCAUCCCCCUGGCCGAUUUCAUCGACAAGGUCGGCCGCUUGCCGGACGGAUUGUCCCUGCAGGGAUUUGUCAAGCAUCUGAAGGACAAAGGCCUGGACAUGAGGAGAGCCGAGCAGCAGCUGCUCGGCACCUGCCCGCCUCAGGGCCGCCCGGCCUCUGCGCUCGCCGGCGCGGCGGCGGCGGGCGCAGACGCCGAGGCGGCUGCGCUGCGGGAGCGGAUGGCCGCGUGCGUCGGGGUGCUGGCUUGGGGGCGCGUGCCGCUGCCGUUGCCGCAGGUUACAGCGGAGAUCCAGGCCGCGUGGGCCGCGCGGCCGGCGGCGCCGGCGCCGGCGCCGCAGGCGCAAGCACAGGCUGUGCUUACGGCGGGCCACCGGAUUGCGCAGCUGCAGGCGCACCUCCAGAUGCAGCUUGCCUGGGCCGCGCGCUCACGGGCGCGGGGUGGCGGCGGCGGCGGCGGGGCUGGCGGCGAGGCGCACGGCUUUGCCACGACGCCGCUGCUGUUCAGAGAGUGGGGAGCGCCGCCGGCGUUCAAGCCGGCACUGCCUGAUGAAGCCCUCAGUGCAACCCACAGGGAAGCGCGCAAGAAGUUGCUGGAAGCCUUCAUGCCCGCAGCGGACGGCGCAGGCAACCCAGCAAGCGGGGGCGAGGCGGCGGGGGCCGCCGCCGGGGGCGCGUGGCGGGGCAACAGAGCGUCACCAUUCGCUGCUAUGGAGUUGGCCUGGCGCGGCACCGCACCCGCUGCAGCCGGCAAGGGUGGCGGCGUGGCUAGGAGCGGCGGCGACUUUGGCGGCAGCGGCAGCGCCGAUCCAAUGCAGCAGCGCGAGAUGCCGCCGCGUUCCAACACGAUGCAAUCGAGAGAGGAGCAGCGGCAAGAGCGGGCGGAGCAACGGCAAGUAGAGCAGCAGCAGGUGGAGCAGCGCCAUGCAGAGAAGGGGCAGGUGGCGCAGCGGCCGGACGCGCCGCUGCUCGCUUUCGAGGAGCGGCUGACCCGACAGCCUGGCGAGACAGACGAGGGUGGCACAGGGGAGGCAGGGGCGGACAAGGACACAGACCGGCCGGCGAGCAGGGCACAGGACACAGGCAACACGCAGAUGGAGACGGCUGAGGAGCGCUACGGCACGCCGCUGCACCAGCCGGGGACCCUGGGCUGCCGCGGCAACGGCCUGUGCUCUGAAGCGUUUGAGGCGCGGCGGGAGCAGCUGCCGUUUGAGCAGCCGCCGGGCAUUGAGGUGCGAACAGCGGGUCUCCCCAGAGAGGGCGCGGCCGCCGUCGCUGCCGACGCCGCUCACCGCGCCAAACCUACAGAUGGCAAAGCGUCGGACGGCAGAGCUGAAGCAGGGGAAGGGCCCGCUGCGGAAGUGCAGGCGCUUGAUGGGCUGGCAACGGGCGACGACGCGGCGGGAUUGGCGCUCUCCUUGGUCAGGAGGGAGCCCCUGGAUCCCCCAGCGGCGUUAGCCGAGGACAACACUGCCGCGGCCGCCGUCGGGGCCGCCGCCGCGGACCGCAGUGGGGGCACGGCCGCGACUGCUGACGACGACGGCGGCGGCGGCGGUGCGCAGGGCCCAGCUGCGGCGGCCCGCGAUGAGCCCCCAGCGCCGAGCGCGGCUGACCCCGAGUCUCCAGGCCUCUGGUGGCCGUGCGAGGUUGUGGACCCCUGGGCGCCGCCAGACAAGUUCGAGCUCCGCCUGCAGCACCUUUUGGCGCUCGCCCCGGCCGACCGCGCCGCGUCCGUGCCGCCGUCUCAGCUGCGGCGGCUGCUGGGUAUCCUGCACUUCCACCCGGCGCUCGCGGUGGCGGCCACGGAGGCGGCGGAGGGGACGCAAGGCGGGGCAGCGGGCAGCGACCCGUGGGGCUCUGCGGCGGCGGCGGACCCGAGAGCGCCGCCGCCGGAGGGGCGGCUGCUGCUGGUGCUGUGGUUUGGCACUGGCAGCUUCGAGUGGCGGCCAGGGCAGGAGCUGCUCCCUUUCUCAGAGUACCGCAAGCACAUGGAAGCUCACGCGCGGCUCCUGCAGGCGGAGGGCCUCCUGCCCCGCACCUACCCCGCCGCCCUGGCUGAGGCCGUCGGCGCUGCGAAGCUUCAGGGCGGCUUCCGCGGCCGUGGCAAGCACCUGCUCAUGAAGCCCGCUGACCUGGCUCGCAUGGUUUCGGGCGCGCGGCCUCCGCCUCUGCCGGAGGCGCCCUCGGCAGGGCUGGCUUUGCUGGAUGCAGCGAGGCUGCAGCUCGCAGCCGCAGCGAGGCGCGACGCGCUGCUGCUGCGCGCGGCGCAGCAGGCGCCGCUGCUGCCGCGGCUGUUCGCACCACAGGCGGCCGGCGGCGGGAGCGGCGGCGGCCGCGCAGCUGGCGGGGCCGGCAGCGGAGGGCUGACGCGGGCGCCGCAGGUGCUGCCCAACAUACAGCGGUGUGGCGAGUGCCGCACCUGCCUCAACAGGCAGCUGAAGAAGGCGUGCCUGCGGAACAAGCUCAUCCGGACUGAGAUGGUCAAGGUGGUCACUGGCACCGGGGCUCCCCACACGCCUGGCAACCUGCCUACGCCCUCGGCCAUGGUCGCCACCGCUGCCAACGCCGGCAGCGAUGCCGAGCCGACUAGUAAACGCUCGGCACAGCUCAUGCUGCCCGCGCCCCCUGGCGCACCUGCAGCUGGCGGCGUCGGCCACAACACAAACGCGGGCUCCAUGGGCGCCCUCAUGUCUGCAGUGGCGGCCCGGGGGUUGGAGCUGGAGAUCAAAGGGGACGCGUUUGCCCUGAAGCUGCCGCCCUCGCGGGCGCCGCAGGCGCUGAGGGAUGCCAUGCUGCGCGCCACAGCCAGCGGCACACCCCUCCCACCCGAGCUCGCGGCAGCUGCUGCUGCUUGCACCCAGGCGCCUGGAACCUCGUCAGGGCAGCAGCAGCAGCAGCCGCUGCUGCUGCAGGCACCGCCGGGCACGCACGAGCGGCAGCGCGCGCUGCGUGAGGCGCGCGUGCAGCAGCAGCUGCUGCGAGCGGCGCAUGCGCGCGUCCUGGACGAUGAUGGAUGGUCAGAUGGGGAGCAGGGGCAGGCGCAUCUGGUAGAGCAGGAAGCAGAGGAGCAGCAGCAGGCGGAACAGCAGCAGGUGGAGCAGCAGCAGGCGGAGCAGCAGCUGCAGCAGCAGCAGCAGCAGCAGCAGCAGCAGCAGCGGCAGCAGGAACAACAAGAAGAGGAGCAGCAGCAAGAGGAGCAGCACCAAGAGGAGCAGCAGCAAGAGGAGCAGCAAGAGGAGGAGGAUCGCCAGGCAGAAGAGGAUCGGCAGCAGCACCAGCACCACCUGCAGCAGGAGCAGCGGAGACAACCGCAUCAGCCGCAGCUGCAGCAGCCAUCGCCACGGGAACGUCCGGAUCAACAGCAGGAGGACGGACUCCCAACAACUGGGGGAGAUGAGCAGCUCAUGCCGAGCGCCGCCCAACUUGCCGACGAGCAGCACAUGCAUGGGCACGUCGCGGUGGCCGCGGCGCGCGCCGCGGCAGCCACAGCCACAGCCACAGCGCCGGCGGGUGCGGCGGCUGAGGCGGCGGAGGGCGACUUUGAUGACUACGACGACGCUCUUUUGGCGCCACUGUUCUCAAGGAAGACGCUGGGGGAUGGGGGCGGUCGGGGGGCUGGAGGUCGCCGCUUUGUGCCGCCGCUGGCGGGCGGUGCGGAGGCGCUGUCCGAGGGUGCAGUGCCGCUGGAUGCGAAGCAAAGGUGCAUGCAGUGCGAGGCGUGCACCCAGAGCGUCGGCAACCAGCAACACAGGUGCCUGCAGCGCCGCGCGCGCGAGGCCGCCGCGGCGGGCAGCGAGGGCGCGUGGCUCGCGGCGCACGGCGCGGGCGCGGUGGGGGCGCGGAUCAGCGUCUGGUGGCCGCUGGACGAGGCUUGGUACGAUGGCGUGGUUGUCGAUUACGACCCCCUGCAGGUGCGACAUACUGUGGCAUACGACGACAAUGAUACGGAGAUCCUCAGGCUCUGGGACGCAAAUCAGCAGGUGCACGUGACGAGCCCGCCUGAAGAAUGGCCGCAAGAGGCCGCCAGGCCAGCCAACAAACGCGUUCAGGCGGCGGCUCAGGUGGCGGCCGCACAGGCGGCGGCGCGGCUGGCAGCGGUGAGCAGGCAGGGCGCGUGA